AUGACGCAAGUAAUACAAGAGAGCUUUUCCCUCAAUUUACGAGUAAUGAGAGCUUUCGGCCUCUACUUACCAAACAAACACACCAAUCUGCAUAAGCUGCGAGCUUACUUCAUGUAUUUGUUCUGCAUAAUACCCGUGCCGGUGUUCGGGUGCCUCUAUUUACUGAUUGAAGAAGACGUAGAUUUGAUGAAAGUGUCCGAAAACGCUUUUCUUUUAGCCGAAAUGGGUUGCUACAUCACUAAAUUUUUGCCACUUUUACGAAGCAGCAAAGAAAUCAAGGAGUGCAUACUUUAUUUCGACGCGCCACAGUUCAGGAAAAUUAACGACACUCAUAGGGAGAUUUUGGACGAUUGCAUAAAAAUUUGUCGCAGGAAUACAAAGAUUUUUUUAGUUUCGGUAGCCGCAGGUUUGGUUAGUUGGGCUGUCAAGCCCUUUUUCUGGAGCAAGUACAGGCUACCGGUUGAUGUGUGGAUACCUUUUGAUAUUGAUUUUACGCCUGUGAUUUAUUAUUCUCUGUAUGUGUGCAUCGUUCUACAAGUUUCGUAUGCUGCGUUUAGUAGUGGUGUGACUGAUCCGUUGAUAGCGGGACUUGCUUGUCAAGCUACGGGUCAAUUGAAAACGGAGCCUCUGAGUUUCAACUUUAUAGCGAUGACGAUGUAUUUGAUUCCAAUGUUAGCCGAAAUCUACUUGUUUUGCUACUAUGGAACGACUCUCUAUGACGAGAGUGAUAGUAUUACUGAGGCUAUAUAUAUGGGAAAAUGGUACGACUAUAAUGAGAAUUCAAAAAAUGCCUUGCUGGUUUUAAUGGAACGAGCUAAAAUGCCGAUGGUUGUUACAGCUGGGAAAGUUUUAGAUUUGUCGUUAGUGACGUUCACAAUGGUAACAAUCGAAAAAUGA